AUCACGUGGAGAACCCCACCAGAAUGACCAGCAAUCACACAGACUGUCAUUACUGCCUGCAGUCUCUUCGUGGAAGGAAGUAUGCAUUAAGAGAAGAAAACGCUUAUUGUGUUACAUGUUAUGACAGCCUGUUUGCCAACCCCUGUGAAGAGUGCAAGCAACCUAUUGAGUGUGAUUCCAAGGAUCUGGCCUACAAAGGCCGCCACUGGCAUGAAGGGUGCUUCAAAUGUGCCAAAUGCAGUCGCUCGCUGGUGGAGAAACCAUUUGCUGCCAAGGACGAGCUCUUGCUGUGUACUGAAUGCUACUCUGAUGAGUAUUCAUCUAAGUGUUUCCACUGCCAGAAGACCAUUAUGCCUG